AGGGUGAGGAACAGGAAAAUACAACUGAAAUUUGUUUGCUCCGUCAAAUCUCUUGACUGUCUCUGUCCUAGGACUUAGCAAAAAGAGGUUAGAGAAUGGUAUGUCUCGUUCGUGUCAGGCGCUUCUGGCCCGGGUUCCCCCUACACUGCUGCUUGUUGGGGCUGGAGAAUUAUGGAGCAUCUUGCCACUAAAGAGCGUGUGGAGUUUCCAGUAAAGAGUCAUUUGGAAGUGAACUGAAUUUACGGACCCUGACCUAUAUGGAGUGGAAAGUCACGUCCUGGUGAAGAGAGAGGUUAACUGCCAGGUUGAGUAGCACCAUGAAUGCUAUUGUUGCUCUUUGUCAUUUUUGUGAGCUACAUGGCCCUCGAACCCUCUUCUGUACAGAAGUUCUACACUCUCCCCUUCCCCAGGGGGCUGGAAAUGGAGAUAGCCCUGGGCAGGGAGAACAGGCUGAGGAGGAGGAAGGUGGCAUCCAAAUGAGCAGUCGAAUUCGCUCUCACAGCCCAGCAGAAGGGGCCAGCACAGAAUCCAGUAGUCCAGGACCAAAGAAAUCAGACAUGUGUGAGGGCUGUCGAUCACUUGCAGCAGGACAUCCUGGGUACAUUAGCCAUGACAAAGAAACCUCAAUAAAAUAUGUUAGUCACCAGCACCCAAAUCAUCCACAACUCUUCAGUAUUGUUCGCCAGGCCUGUGUUCGAAGCCUGAGUUGUGAGGUGUGUCCUGGUCGUGAAGGCCCCAUUUUCUUUGGGGAUGAACAACAUGGUUUUGUGUUCAGCCACACUUUUUUUAUAAAAGACAGCCUGGCCCGGGGUUUCCAGCGCUGGUAUAGCAUCAUUGCCAUCAUGAUGGACCGCAUUUAUCUCAUCAACUCCUGGCCCUUCCUACUAGAGAAGAUUCGAGGAAUCAUUGAUGAACUUCAAGGCAAAGCCCUGAAGGUGUUUGAGGCAGAACAGUAUGGCUGUCCACAACGUGCCCAGCGGAUGAACACAGCUUUUACUCCGUUUUUACACCAGAGGAAUGGCAAUGCAGCCCGUUCUCUCACAUCAUUGACAAGUGACGAAAAUUUGUGGGCAUGUCUGCAUACAUCCUUUGCUUGGCUCCUGAAAGCUUGUGGCAGUAGACUGACGGAAAAACUCCUAGAGGGAGCACCCACUGAGGACACAUUGGUUCAGAUGGAAAAACUUGCUGACCUAGAGGAAGAAUCGGAGAGCUGGGACAACUCUGAAGGUGAAGAGGAAGAGAGAACUCUUUCCAUGGCUGAAGCCACAGAUGGGAGGGAGUUGGCCAAAUGCUCCACCAAGCCCUCUUUACUCUCUGACUGUGGCAGCUGGCUGCCCCGAAAGCUGUCCGUCUUCAAGUCUCUCCGACACAUGAGGCAGGUCUUAGGUGCACCUUCUUUUCGUAUGUUGGCAUGGCAUGUGCUAAUGGGAAACCAGGUCAUCUGGAAAGGGCAAGAUGUGGAUCUUGUUCAAUCGGCUUUUGAUGUUCUUCGGACCAUGCUGCCUGUAGGUUGUGUCCGAAUCAUCCCCUAUAGUAGUCAGUAUGAGGAGGCAUAUCGGUGUAACUUUCUUGGACUCAGUCCUCAUGUGCAAAUACCAUCUUACAUACAGACCUCUGAAUUUGCUGUCAUUGUUGAGGUCCACACAUCCACUUGUUCCAGUGUUUAUCCAGUUGCAUGUGAUGAAGAUCAGUCUCUAAGCAAGUACGAGUUUGUGGUCACCAGUGGAGGCCCUAUAGCUACUGAUCGAGUUGGACCCACCAUCUUGAACAAAAUUGAAGCUGCUCUCACCAAUCAGAACCUUUCAGUGGAUGUUGUGGAUCAGUGCCUGGUUUGCCUCAAGGAAGAGUGGAUGAACAAAGUGAAGGUGCUUUUCAAAUUCACCAAAGUGGACAGUCGGCCCAAAGAGGACACCCAGAAACUUCUAAGCAUUCUGGGAGCAGCCGAGGAAGAUAAUGUAAAACUCCUGAAGUUCUGGAUGACUGGGUUAAGCAAGACCUACAAAUCACACCUCAUGUCUACUGUUCGAAGCCCUACUUCCUCAGAAUGUCGAAACUGACGGCAUGGUGGGAGUGAUCUCAGGAUUUGGUCUCCUGGGAUCAGGUUCUUCAUUUCCCUUUCUACCACGUCCACAACAUGUCAUUGAAUCACAAAAUAUAAUUGUCCACAAAUUCCUCUUGGAGAACUAUAAGCUUAAUCUUUGAAUUGCUCAAAAAUUAGACAUUUCUCACCCAGAAAUGUACACAGAUAAGCCUAAUUUCUGGCCUCCAUGUGGUAGUUGUGUUUGAUUCUGUUUUUCUUCAGAAUUUAAAAAAGGAACAGCCCACCCACAGAGUGACACUGGAAAAUGUAAACAGCUGUAUUCUUAUCCAUAUCAGUUCAUCUCCUAAAGGGGCAAUGGAGAAAGUAACUAUAAGAAAAACUUAGAUUUGUUAGUGCUAAAGACUUUCAUUUCAAAUUUUAGAAAAGAAAAAAGCUGGAAUUAGGAUCAGAUUUUGCUACAGAUCUUUUUUCAACACUUCCAGUUUAAGAUUGAGUGAGAGUUAUAUGAGUUUUCAGUCUGGUAGAGAACAUCCAGGGUUGACACAGUUCCCUCACCAUUUUUAGUAAUCUAAUCUUGAGUCUGAAAGCUGCUCUGGGUCUUUGGAAAAGAUUUGUAGAGUUAUAGCAGCUAUUUAUUCUUAAAUGGAUUUGAAUUCUAUUUGAAGUGAAAAGAAUAGGUAAUCAAUUAUUUUUGGAAUGGAAACCCAACAACAAGCUAAAGACACUCAUUUGCAAAUGUACUCUAGCUAGGGUUCUCUGUAGUUGCAUGUGAAAAUAACCUGUGACCUCCAGUUUUAAAGAGGCUUAUUAUUUUAUAUAAAGGUGUUACUUUUGCCUAAAUGUCAAAUACAGACAUUUGAUUUCCCAACCUGAGAAAAUGUGAAUUAGAGUUCCUAAUAAUAGCAUUUAGAUUCUGACCUUUCAUAUUAGCCACAAUAGAUUAUUUAUGAAAUUUACCAUAAUUCUAUUCAAUAUCACUCUGCCCUUCAGAACUUAUUAAAGCCUUGAUUAAUGGCAACUAAAAACAAUUUCAAGAUUAUGGUAGAUUUUUAAAUUUCAUCAACCCAUUGCAAUUGCAUUUCUAACAAGACUUGGUGAUUUUGCAACAACUUUUUUGCUGAUUUAUCUAAGGGGGGAUUUGUGGGUGUUUAUUUAAAUUAUAUUUAACACAAAAAUAAGUUUUUAUGUCAUUGUUAACUCUAUAAUGCUAAAGCAUUAAAACACAAUAAAGAUGUAUUUUUGUAAAGUG